AUGGUCAAGACAGUCAAAUUUAGGGACCAAGAGGUCCCCGUACCAGGUUUUGGUGCGAUGGGCAUCAAUUCGUCCCUCGGCCGAGAUCUUAGUUACGAAGAGGCGGAGCCUGUACUUCUCCGGGCUCUCGAGCUCGGCUGUACCUUUUGGGACACUGCCGUUUCUUAUGCCGCUGGUCUCAAUGAGAAGAUCUUGGGGGAUUUCAUCAGGAAGCACAACUGCCGCGACAACAUCUUCCUCGCAUCCAAGUGCGGUGUAGCUGUUUUCGAGGACGGUGCUGUCACAAACAAAGCCUCGCACAUCCAAACCUACAUCGAUGGGAGCAUCGAGCGACUCGGCUUCACGCCAGACUUGUACUACUUGCACCGCAUGGACCGUGGCACACCACUCGAAGAAUCCAUAGCUGCUCUUGACUCGCUCCGAAAGGCAGGCAAGACGAAGUACAUUGGUUUGUCGGAAUGCUCAGCAACGACCUUGCGCAAGGCAGAUUCGAUCGCCAAGAUCGACGCUGUCCAAGCAGAAUACUCUGCCUUCGAGACCCUUCACGAGCGAGACGAUCUUGUCGACACCGCCCGUGAGCUUGACAUUGCGUUUGUCGCCUAUGGUCCUCUGGGUCAUGGUUGGCUGGUCGACAACUUCCCCUACCAGUCACCAGAGGACUUCAAAGAGGGCGACUACAGAAGAGAAAUUCCCAAGUUCCAAGGCGAAAACUUCUACUCCAAUAAGAAGAUAGCCGAUGGCUUCAAGCAGCUUGCCAAGCUCAAGAACUGUUCUGUCUCGCAGAUUGCUAUCGCCUGGGUGACGGCGCAGGGCAUGAUUGCUCUCCCUGGAACAGUGAAGCCGGAGCGUCUUGACGAGAACUGGGCUGCAAGAGACAUAGAUCUGACAGAGGAGGAGUUGAAGCAGAUGCGUACGAUCAUUGACACCUUGAAGCCUGUUGGUGAUCGCUACAAUGAGGCGGCAGCAUUGAACAUCGGGAUCUGA